CCGUUCUAAGACGGCGGAGCCCUCCCGCGGCCUCGCUCACCGUGGUGUCGCGGAGUUCGCCGACAGGCACUGGGGGCUCCGGGAGGCUCUGUGUCCCUAAAAGUGGUUUAAGCCUCCCACACACCCGAGCCCCCAUCCUUGCCAAGGCGCUGGGCCCCUCUGCUCCGCGCCGCAGCCCUGCCCAACUACAGUUCCCAGCGUGCAUCGCACCGAACUCCGCUAGCCGAGAAUCAGGUGGCUGGAGUCAGGUGACUUCUGGCCCGCCCUCACCCAAAGUCUGGCUGCCGGGGGAAGCCGGUACAGUCCAAAACGGAUCCAGCGUCCGUUGUGGUCGCUGCCCUGAGCCUAGAGGAUCUCAGUUCUUUGAAAUUGAGGAACAUGAUAAGGAGUUGGCUGAUUAUUUUUACCCUUCUUCCCCUGAAGCUCAUAGAGAAAUGUGAGUCGACAGUCGACCUCACUGUUCCUCCCACUGUGAAGCUGGAAAAUGGAAGCUCAGCCAACAUCAGCAUCACGCUUCAGCAUCCAUUAAAUGCAACCUUGGUGAUCACUUUUCAAAUCACAUUUCGUUCAAAAAAUGUCACUAUCCUUGAGCUCCCUAAUGAAGUUGUGGUGCCUCCCGGAGUGACAGAUUCCUCUUUUCAAGUGACAUCUCAAAAUGUUGGACAAGUUACUGUUUAUCUGCACGGAAAUUACUCCAACCAGACCGGCCCGAGGAUCCACUUCUUGGUUAUCCACAGUAAUGUCGUUAGCAUCAUAAACCAGGUGAUUGGCUGGAUUUACUUUGUGGCCUGGUCCAUCUCCUUCUACCCUCAGGUGAUCACCAACUGGAAGCGGAAAAGUGUCAUUGGUCUGAGCUUUGAUUUCGUGGCCCUGAACCUGACAGGCUUCGUGGCCUACAGCGUGUUCAACAUUGGUCUCUUCUGGGUACCCUACAUCAAGGAGCAGUUUUUCUUCAAAUACCCCAAUGGGGUGAACCCCGUGGACAGUAAUGAUGUCUUCUUCAGUCUGCACGCAGUCGCCCUCACCCUGGUUGUCAUGGUGCAGUGCUUCCUCUAUGAGCGAGGCAACCAGCAUGUGUCCUGGCCUGCCGUCAGCUUCCUGGUGCUCUCCUGGGUCUUGGUGCUCAUCACCGUGAUUUUGGCUGCAGUUGGGGUAAUCACAUGGCUGCGAUUUCUCUUCUGCUUCUCCUACAUCAAGCUCGCAGUGACGCUGGUCAAGUAUUUUCCCCAGGCCUACAUGAACUUUUACUACAAAAGCACCGAGGGCUGGAGCAUUGGUAACGUGCUUCUGGAUUUCACUGGGGGUAGCUUCAGCCUCCUCCAGAUGUUCCUCCAGUCCUACAACAAUGGCUUCAGGCAGCACACACGGGUUCGGACAGCCGUCCCAGGCAGGAUUGGGUGCUGAGCUUGGAGCCAAAGGCCUUGACCUAAGCAACCAGUGUUUCUGGGAGCAGCUUGAAGGACUGACCCCGCAGUUGUGAGCCAAGGGUGCUUUGUUGCCACUGCUGUCUUCCCAGAGACCCAAGCAGCCAGGUGGUGUGGCCAGUGGACUCAGAGGUGCUGGUGCUCAUGCUGGUGGCAGAGGGGAUAGGACUGAUCUGGGGGUUAGGCCUGGGGGGGGGUCCCUUCUCUGAAGGCCACAUGCUCUGAGCAUUCACCUUCCUGACACUCAUUCUGCAUAAUUCAACACCCACAACUGUAAUCACAGGUGGCCCAGGCUAGGGUCUGGUAAAGAAACUGGAUUUCUGAGCCUUGAGGUGCCCAACAGAUUGGUUCUGAGCUAGGCUUACGCCCAAACCCUCUGGAUCUUUAUCACACUACCCCCCUUUGGGAUUUUUUGGAGGGAUGUUUUGGAAGUGAGUGGCUUAAUUUCUUCACCUUCUGCCUACCUCUACUUUCCCAGAGUCAGGGACCCUAUGUACCCCUUCAACUGCUCCUUACCUUGUGUCUUGAGUAUAGGACACGUGUGCGCAUGCACACACACGCACACCAUUCUGUGCCUUAGAGGCCAGUAAGACCUGCCAAUUGGUGAGAGUAGCUCCCCUGUAGGGGAGGGCUGGCCCCCUUCCUUCACUUACCCCAGACACCUACCUGAGACUCACCAAUUUUUUGGCUAUUCAGGAGCCUCACCUAAGGACUUGAGACCAACUCACAUAGUCCUCAUGGGCCCAACCCUUAUUCCAAACCUCCUUCCCUCUUUUCCCAGGCAGCUGUCCUUCCUGUGGCAGGAGGGGAGGGUCCCAGGAUGUGCCUUGUCAGCUCACUCUUAGACUUUUUACUACAAGAUUAAUGAGGUGCUUGUAUAUCCUUAAUUAAAACCUGAUUUGUUUCCUUUCUGCA